UGUGUUUUUGCCCUCCAAGAACAUGGCGAGCUCUGCGCAUGCGCGAUCGUUGACAUCGGCUCCAGUAAAACAAUUUUCUGGCUUUCCGAGCUGACCUGCUAUUCUGAGGCGUACAUCGUCGACAGAUUCAAGGUAUUGGAAUCAUGGCAUCCAGCGUACUGAUGCAGGCAGCGAUGCUCCUCCUGGCGGCACAGCUUCUUCUGUGUCUCGGUGGUGCAGAGGCUGACCAGGAAACGGGGACGGUCAUCCCUGCAGAAAGUCGCCCGUGUGUUGACUGCCAUGCAUUUGAGUUUAUGCAGAGGGCCCUGCAGGACCUAAAGAAGACUGCGUUCAACCUUGACGCCAGAACAGAAACACUGGUGCUGAGGGCUGAGAGGAGGGCUUUGUGCGACUGCAUGCCCAGCUCACUGCGCUGAACCCACCCUGUUCCAAAACUACUCAUGUACAGCGAUUUUUAUUUCAACACACAAUGGACACUUUAUUUUCUCUCAUAUCUGUGAUUGAAUGUUGUGAUGAAGCACUUUUUUUUGGAACAAACCACAGAUGUCUUACAUUGUAAAACCCAAAGUUGAUUCUUUUGGGGAAGUCCUUUGUAGUAGAAUUUGAUUAGAAAAUUGUGGAAAAUGUAAUGAAUUGAUUACUUCUGUUCAUCAUUUUUUUCAAAUCACAUGAUGUUGAUUUGUUGAUCUUGUUUUUGUUUGGAGCAAAAACAAAAAAGGAAUAACGUCCAGAGAGAGGUCUCAUAUUUAUCGGCCUUGACUUAGCACAGCACUGUAGCAUGAAUUUACAGCACCUUUUGUUACCAUAGAUUCUAUGUAUAGAUUUUGUAUGUAAGAGAUGACACCAAUACCCAUCAGAUUACCGCAAUAUCGAGAGAUAGUCAUAACCGCGUUGCAGUCGCUUGUACACGAUGUUGUAAUGUCACACAAGUCUUUGCAUUGUCACGUCUGCGAGAGAAAAAAAUGUGAUUGUGUUGUAGUCGAAUAACAUCAAUAUUUUUGUGUUGCAGAAAGAUUUGUCAACUUGGGAGGGGGUGCAAAGGACAAAUAAAAUGUGCCAUGAACUUGAUUAAAAUGUGGAAAAUCA